AUGACGAUCUCCUUCGUGGUGUCCUGGUACGACAACACAGUCAUUGCUUGGGUUAUCUAUUACUUUCUCCAUUCAUUCUAUCCAAAGAUUCCAUGGGCUACGUGUGAUAAUUGGUGGAACACAGAUCAGUGUAUUGUCAGUCAGAAGGAGAGACUUGUCCUAAAUGAAUCUUUUAUUUUGAGGAACCUAUCUACAGCAGCAAUUAAUCAAAGCGAAGUUGUCUACUACUUUAAUGCUUCCCAACCUAACCGGUCUUUGGCAUACAACACUGCUGCAUUUGAAUUUUGGCAGCAUAAUGUCCUGAGACGUUCGGAUGGCAUCGAACAUUUAGGUUCUGUUCAGUGGCACCUCGUUUUGGUGUUGCUUCUGGCCUGGAUUUUAACGUUUGUAUGUCUUAUCAAAGGUAUACAUUCAGUUGGAAAGGUUGCAUAUGUGACCGUACCAUUUCCGUACAUACUGUUAACCAUCAUCCUUAUUCGUGGUCUGAUGCUUGAUGGUGCUGUGGAUGGGAUAAUUUUUUACCUGAAACCAGACUUUACUAAAAUUUCAAAAUUUCAAGUGUGGAUGGAAGCAGGAAUACAAGUUUUCUAUUCCCUUGGUCCGGCGUGGGGAGGACUCAUUACAAUGUCAAGUUACAAUAAGUUUAACAACAAAUGCAUGAAGGACGCUUGGUAUGGUACUUUAGCAGAUGGUCUGACAAGUUUCUUUGCUGGUUUUGUCGUGUUUUCUAUCUUGGGAUUUAAGGCACAUGACGUCGGUAUGACAGUGGAAGAAGUUUCAAAAUCAGCUUCAGGACCUGGCCUGGUGUUUGUGGCGUACCCAGAAGCCAUUACGAGACUUCCCAUGCCACAUCUCUGGGGAGUUCUUUUCUUCCUCAUGUUGAUUACUAUAGGAGUUGACACCCAGUUUGGAAUGUUUGAGACUGUUGCAAGUGGUGUUGCGGACAAAUUUCCAAAACAGCUGAAUUCUCGAAAACUCCAGACUACAGCCAUUUUGUGUAUCCUUCUCUUUCUGUUGGGGAUUCCUUUCACCACUAAUGGAGGAAUUUACAUCUUCCAGUUGAUAGACUGGUAUGCUGCCACAUUUUGUGUCACGUUUGCAUCAUUCUUAGAGUGUGUCAUAAUAUCCUGGGUCUACGGCGCGGAGCGUUUCAAUCGUGACAUAGAGCUCAUGACAGGAAGACGUAUCCCCCUCGCCAUGAGGAUUAGUUGGUGCAUAGUUACCCCGAUAUUUAUGUUGGUGAUAUUCCUGUCGUCAGUGAUUAUGUACUCGCCACCAAAUUCGGCAACCUACACCUACCCUGACUUUGCUAUCGGGAUCGGACAGUUUUUCGCAGUACUCCCUCUCCUGCCCAUACCAGUGAUGAUAAUUUGGGAGCUCAUUCGAUCGAAAGGGACACUUGUCCAGAGAAUUAAGAAUCUUGCUCGACCGGACUCUCACUGGGGACCCAACAGCAAACACCACUGGCAGACAUACAAAAUGUAUGAAUACAAAAGCGGACUGAUAAAUAGAAUUAAAGUCAAUCUGCUGGGAGACAAUCACCGAUGACUGUUGAUGCUGGAACAGAAAAAUGAAUUUGUAUUAAUAUGGCAUUUUGUUUGUUUGCUUGCAAAUGUAUAUUGUUUAACAUCCCGCUCGAGAAUUUUUCACUUGGUGAAGGGUUGGCAAAUUUAGGCCUAUGCUCGGCGCUUACGACCUUUGAACAGGUAGAGAUCUUUAUCGUGCCACACCUGCUGUGACACGGGACCUCGGUUUUAGCGAUCUCAUUUAGUUGCCUCUUACGACAAGCAAGGUGUACUAAGGACCUAUUCUAACCCGAUCCCACGGGACUGUAGCAUUUUGUGAAGUAUCUGUAAUAUGAAUGCUAGGUAAUCUCUGGGUGUUAAAAUUUAGAAUUAAGAGAAGAUUUCAAAGCUCGAAGUCGGUUUUGGGUAAGAAUUGUACCCAAUAUCAUAAACUUAUCCAAAAAAAGAGCGAAACGCAUAGCAGGAUUUUUUACCCGCAAUAAUACCAGUUACUUUUGUCAUACAAUAUAUUUCAGCAGAAAUGCAACUUGUAACUUCUAGGAUUAUUACGGGCCUCCAAGAGGCGGGCCGUUAUUUGAUAUUCAUUUGAAUGUUUAUUUACGCUGUGUUUCUGCGGGAUAAAAAUGUUUUGUGCGGGAUUUAUAAUAAGUUAUUUUGAUGUAAAAGGAAUUUCUGUUUCAUCCGACUUAUGUUCAAAUCAAAUAUCAGUAGCAGUAAUGUUUAACAGAUAUCUAAGGUGUAUUAAAAUGUUCCGAUAAUUAAGUAAUUCAUGCAUGCAUUGCAUUAUUAUUAUAGUCCCCGGGGGUCUCUACAGCCCAGGCAGUAGCUAAGUACUUCGUUACUAGCUGGAAAAUAUGGAUGUAUAUCUAAUUGUUGUGGUAAAAUUUAGAAAUUCAUUUUAAAAGUAAGGAUUAUCUCCCUCAUGGAUAGCUCUUAUCCUUAGACGAAUUUGACUGCAGUUUUUUUUUUUGGCACUCUGUUUUUCCCUAAAAUAGCUCUUACAAGUUUAUUGUUAUUUCGGAUUUCAAACAUUUCGGUUGAGCAUCACUGAAGAGACAUUAUUUGUCGAAAUGCGCAUCUGGUGCAUCAAAAUUGGUACCGUAAGUUUGACAUUAUUAUAAACACAUUUUUUGAAUACGUAAGCCAUUUAUGUGUACUUUUCUAGAUGUAUUUACAAAUGAAAUGUAUUUACGAUUUACAAUCGGAGUCACGGGCUUUUCGGCAUUGAGUUCACGGGCUUAUAGACUCUUGGACAGCUAUGGUUCAGCUUCAUGUACAAGAGAUUUUGACGGCUCGACGGCAUAUUGUCAACGUAAUAUUAACCCCACUUAUUUCCAGUAUUUCAACAUAACAAAUAAAGACCACAUACCCUCGUCUGAAACGUGAUAUCUCGCGAAAACACAAUAUCACGGUUCUCCCUCGGUUAUUGGAACCCUAUUGAACAUGCAUAUGAUGAAUUAAGUAGAAGCACAAAACAAAGACAACCGCAGCCUCAGACUGCAACAGCUGGUCCAAGAUCUGCAGUUAGAAUGGAACAACAAUCCUAUACAGUUUUUCAGAGACUUCAUGAUGUCCAUGUGAAGACGCUAUCAGUAGUAAGCGGGUGAAGCAUCACUGGUGACCUUGAACUCUUUUAAGAGGAUAGAAUUCGGUUUACCGAAUUGUUUACCUAAUUUUACAACAUUUGUUUACUAUUAAUAAAUCAAUCUUUUAUGUACAUGUACUCUUCAGCCUUAAAGGGUCUCUAAAAUAUUACCAUGCGUCUCAUUUUUCGAUCAGUGCAUAUGAUAUUGAUGUAAAGGAGUGUACGUUCUAUUACAUCUACUCAAAAAACUGACACCUAUGUACAUGUUUCAGCAGGUAUUGUUUAUUCAGGUGAUCCCCCUCAAUGGUUUGUUAUACAUUUUACUUAACAAUUUACCUUAUGUCAUUCAAUAAAUGACAUAUUCGACAAAACUGCA